UUUCAUUUCCCCCUCUGGAUCUGACCGCUCUCUCUCUCUCUCACACACACGCAAUAUAAUAUAGACUACAAAAACAUCAUCAUCAUAAUCAAUCAUCAACUCCAUCACCAAAAUAGUUCUCCAAUUUCGAGAAUUUCUAGAACAUCUCACACACCAUUUCUCCAUUCCAUGUUCCAAUUUUCCCAAAAUACAAACUUCCCAUUUCAUUUCCCAGAAGAUCCGUAGGGUUAUUCAAUUGUCGCCCUGAUUUUGUCUCUGUCUAAUAUUUUAGCUUCUGAAUUUUCAUCACUUCUUCGCCUUUUUUUCUCCCUUUCUUGUUGUCACACAUCAAAAUUCUCAACGCAAUUGCUGUAACCAUCACCAUCACCAUCACCAUCUAUCUUCCUGCGGUUUUAAAGCGUAUAAGAAGGGAUUGCAGAGGAGUAAGGGUUGCUUGAUUGUGAAUGGAAGAGGAGGAAUUGGAAUAAGGAAAGGAAGUAAACAAGCUUUGGAGAUUGAUAAAAAGGAAAUGCUGUAUUUGAAGCAACCAAGCUUUAUGAUGAUGAUGAUGAUGGGUUGUUGUACAUGUUGGGGACAGAGGUGAUUCAUUCAUAUUGUAUCAUAUCUGUUGAAUGCGCUUGUGAUUGGCUCCCGAGCCCGAGGCUCGGGAUCUAAUCCCCCCUUUGUCAAUGGCGUCAGAGAACGAAAACCCAUCACCACCUGCACCUGCUCCUGCACCUCUGUCUCCACCAUCACCACCUGUACCUGCGCCCCACGGUUUUAUGCAGAAGUUCAGGCUAUACGAGACUCGAUCGCUAUUUUAUAUGGUAGGAAGGGAUAAGAGCAGAACGUAUUGGAGAGUGUUAAAGAUUGACAGAUCAGAGCCUUCUGAGCUAAAUAUCAAUGAAGAUUCUACCACCUAUACAGAGAGUGAAUGCUGUGACCUCUUGACAAGGAUACAUGAGGGCAACAGAUCCACUGGAGGACUGAAAUUUGUCACUUCUUGUUAUGGGAUCAUUGGAUUCAUUAAAUUUCUGGGUCCUUACUACAUGCUGCUGAUCACAAAAAGAAGGCAAAUUGGUGCAAUUUGUGGCCAUAAUAUAUAUGCUGUCUGUAAGAGUGAAAUUAUUCCUCUCCCAAAUUCUACUGCCUGGGCGAACACAGUUAAUUCUAAGAUAGAGAACAGAUACAAGAAGCUCCUAUGCACGGUGGAUCUUACAAAAGAUUUCUUCUUCAGCUACUCAUACCAUGUUAUGCGUAGUCUUCAAAAAAACAUGUGUGAAAAUGACGCAGGGAAGGUCCUCUACGAAACCAUGUUUGUUUGGAAUGAAUUCUUGAGCCGUGGAAUCAGAAAUGUUCUCCAAAAUACUCUUUGGACAGUUGCAUUAGUCUAUGGCUUUUUUAAACAGGCUACACUUUCUAUGUCUGGACGGGACUUCAAACUUACUUUAAUUGCUAGACGUUCACGACAUUAUGCUGGUACCAGGUAUCUAAAACGAGGUGUAAAUGAGAAGGGCAGGGUUGCUAAUGAUGUCGAGACAGAGCAGAUUGUGUUUGAGGAUGUUCCUGAAGGAUGUCCAAUGCAAAUUAGUUCCAUUGUUCAAAACCGCGGCUCAAUCCCACUUUUCUGGUCGCAAGAAACUUCACGCCUGAAUCUUAAACCAGAUAUCAUUUGUAUGUAUGUUAAUGCAUCUUGUGUUCUUUUAGAUUUCCCCUGUAUAUCUAAGACCAACCUUUUUUCUCUUCCAGUGUCAAGGAAGGACCAAAACUAUGAGGCCACCAGACUUCAUUUUGAAAAUCUUGCCAAGAGAUAUGGAAACCCCAUAAUCAUUUUGAAUUUGAUUAAGACGCAUGAAAAGAAGCCUCGAGAGUCCAUUCUUCGUGCAGAAUUUGCUAAUGCAAUUGAAUUUAUUAACAAAGAUUUAUCAGAGGAAAACCGCCUUAAGUUUCUUCAUUGGGAUUUACACAAACAUUCUCGGAGCAAAGCUACUAACGUUCUGCUACUGUUGGGCAAAGUGGCUGCAUAUGCGUUGACACUAACAGGUUUUUUUUAUUCUCAAGUGACGCCAGUCUUGGGAUCUGAGUGUUGUUUAACUUGGACCUGUUCUGAGAAUGUUGCAGCUGCUGACCAUUCUCCCACAAGAGAUUGCGACAUUGACCUUGAGGAAAAUGGCGACAAUGAGGACGUUGAUAGUUUGGUGGUGAAUCUUCACGGAGCUAACAAUGUGGCCAAUGGAAAUCACUCUCUCAAUUCGUCUAUGUUCCAGAAGGGGGUGCUCAGGACAAAUUGCAUAGACUGUUUGGAUCGAACAAAUGUUGCACAGUAUGCAUAUGGAUUGGCUGCCCUUGGGAAACAGCUUCGUGCUCUAGGAGUCCUAGAUACCACAAAGAUAGACAUCGAUGACCCUAUAGCUGAUCAAUUGAUGUGGUUCUACGAGAGAAUGGGUGAUACACUUGCACACCAAUACGGUGGCUCAGCUGCACACAACAAGAUAUUCUCUCAGCGAAGGGGUCAAUGGAAAGCAGCAACCCAAUCCCAGGAAUUCUUUAGAACUCUUCAACGGUACUACAGCAAUGCCUACAUGGAUGCGGAGAAGCAAAACGCGAUUAAUGUAUUCUUGGGGUAUUUCCAGCCACAAGAGGGUAAACCUGAACUCUGGGAGCUGGAUUCUGACCAGAAUUACAAUGCAUGGAAUGCAAAAAUGGAUGAUUAUCAAAGGUUACUUUUCAAAAGAUCCUUAUCUGAUGGAAAUAUUCUUCGUGAAAGUAGCUCACCAAUGUCGAGCACGAACAUGAAGAAGGACCUUACCAACUCUGCCUUCUCCAAUGAUCAGUCACAAGGAGGAAGCAAAAUUUUGAGUGAAUCAAGUCCAGAAAUAUCUACUUGUGAAAGUGGGGUUACGAUUUCAAGGUAUACUUCCUCUGCACCUCGUAGGCAGCUUUUUGUAGAUAUGCAUAGAGAGAGAUGGCUAGACAAUGACCAAGGGGAUGCAUGCUCAAACUUCGUUGAUUUAGAUUGGCUAUCUUCUUCUGGAAAUUCUUGUGAUGAAGAGUUGUAUGAGAGGUCCAUGCUCAUGAGUUCUCCAAUUGUGGGGCGGUCAUCGGAGAACGUCAUCAAUGGAAUAAUGGGAGACAGAGCACCAUCUACCAGUGAAUAUGGAUCUAGCAUGAAGGGAAGGGAGCACACUGGAACAGACCUAUCAUAUGAUGAUGUUCAGGAUUUUGAAGUUCUCGAAGAAUUUUCCGAUAGUUUUGUGCGCUGGGUGACUUUUGGAGAGACACUCAGCCAUUGAGUACCUUGCAUUGGUUACUCAUUCCGUCCUGCUCAACCCUGACUUAUACUGAGGAUUUCAAUUCGUGAGGGGGAACACAGAGCAUAGGGGCACUGGUGGAAAAAGAGAAUGGAAAGAAGCAUGUGGUGAAGGCAUUCCUUUUGCUGGAUUGUUUCCUAUGAGAGCAACCUAGACCUUGAUGCAAAGUUGAUGAGAGAGAGUAAAUAGCCAACAGUUUUUAAGAUUCUUUUAGAAGCACUUCUUGUCUUAAUUUCUUUCUCUUCAGAAGUUUAUAUGGACUUGGUAGUUUUUCAUGUUGUAAAUAUACACUAGUAAAUAGUAGUAAACUGACUAAACUCCUGGGAGCUCCAUUGUUUUUUAGGUUAGUGAUUCUUUCAACUUCUCUGAAUUUUAACUCCAACAUCUCUCUUGCUUGUGCCAUAGACAUACUGAGACAGGGCGAUGAUCUGUUCCCAAAUGGGAUGUGGCCAUUCCUUCUUUGGUUAAGUACUGUUUUUUUGCGGUUUAUGGAUAUCAUUAUUCUUUUUGGACAAGCAAUUUUGUCGAUACCAAAAUGGAUUCAAAAUCCAGACUAGGAAACGUUAUAAACGUUAUAAGCAUUAUAUCAUUUCAGCGAAAAGCAAAGAUCAGAAGCCCUGAAACAAUGUAGAUUAAAAGUUUCCCACACACGGCACUGAAUCAGGAAAAAUAAAAAAAAAAACUCAAAGGUCCUCGAAUGGAUUAUUUAGCUAAGAAUGGGAAAGAUGCGGGUAAUGUGAUCCAAGGGAAUGCUAUCUGCAGUGCUCUUCUUCAACUCUGGAUGGUUGAACUCAUUCUGUGGUAGGAUAAUGAGUUGGCUCCUGCCUUGACCCUUCUCAAGUAUCCAGCUGGAGUUGGUUGCCUGAUGCUCAAGGAAUUUGUCAAGGGAGAGCCCUUCAAUGUUGAUAGCC